AACAAACCUAGAAAUCGUGGUAGCCAAUAGCCCCCUUUAACUGAUAGCGUGUAAAUAAAUCUAUAAGAAAUAUGCCUAAAUACAAAUGUAUUUCAUAAUCAGUGAUCAUUUAUCGGACGUCAGUGUAAUUAAAACCGUCAUGAAGAACUUACUGAGUCUUGUCCUUUUGUUCGGUGUUGUGAGCUGGGUGUCCUGCGACAUCGAAGACAAAGUACAGUUUGUAGAUAUUACAAACAUUGCACAAACGGACACUUGCAUCAUAGGAGGGACCCCUGCCACUAUUGAAAGAUACCCUUUUGCUGCACAGAUAAUUUAUAGAGGGUCUCUAUCAUGUGGUGGAUCACUAAUCACAGUUCAAAACGUUCUUUCCGCAGCGCACUGCUUCUACGAUCGGUAAGUAUACAAUCAG